GCCACACUUUUACAGCGUGCUUUUCAGCAAUGGCUUCUCGAGCCAAAUCAGGUCGUGGCCGGAAGCGCAAGGUUGAAGUUCAUGCAGAAGAAGCUGCAGUGGAGGAGAAGAAAGAAAAGCUUGAUGGAGUUGCGAAGGAAGAGGAAGAAACUGGUCACAGGGUGAUCAUCGAGCACUGCAAAAGCUGACGCGUCUACGGGCGGAAUGCUGAAAGUGUCCGCGAGGCACUUGUGGCUUCUCACCCUGAACUUUGUGUGGUGCUCAAUCCGCAGAAACCUCGGAGGAACAGCUUUGAGGUCACGCUGAUGGAGGGGGACAAAGAGUUUGUUUUGUGGACUGGCAUUAAGAAAGGUCCUCCUCGCAAGCUGAAGUUUCCUGAUCCAGCUGAGGUGGUGACGGCCCUGGAGGAAGCUCUGAAGAGCAAGUAGAGUCAACCAUCUUCCUGGACGCUGGAUGCAUAAUGAUGUAAAUGGACUAAUGGGAAAACCGCCCUGUCUGUUUUCUGAUGAUCAGCUCUAGUGUCCUGUACUGGAUAAUUGACCUUGCUUUGUUUUUUUCUUCUGUUAAGCUCCCAAACCUCUUGCUCAUAUUCACAAAAUUAGUUUUAGAUUUCUCUGAAAUUUUGUUGAAGUUUGGUAAAUCACCUUUUUACCGUUUGAUUUAAUACAAAUAAAGCUAUUGUGUUUCUCCCUUUAAUAUGAAUAUGCAUGUGCU